AUGCCAAAUGGGGACUUGCCAAGAGACACUUUCACGGGACUGGUCAACAUCCUGACAGAUAUCAUUUGGCGAUUCACUGGAGACUUCAUGGCGCCUGACCUGGUUUGCCGAGUGGUCCGCUAUUUGCAGGUCGUGCUGCUCUACGCCUCUACCUAUGUCCUGGUGUCCCUCAGCAUAGACAGAUACCAUGCCAUUGUCUACCCCAUGAAGUUCCUGCAAGGAGAAAAGCAAGCCAAAGUGCUCAUCAUGAUUGCCUGGAUCCUGGCUUUCCUGUUCUCCAUUCCCACUCUGAUCAUAUUUGGGAAAAGGACUCUCUCCAAUGGCGAAGUGCAGUGCUGGGCCCUGUGGCCUGAUGACUCCUACUGGAUCCCGUACAUGACCAUCGUGGCCUUCCUGGUGUACUUCAUCCCUCUGACAAUCAUCAGCGUCAUCUAUGGUAUUGUGAUCCGAACUAUUUGGAUUAAGAGCAAAGCCCAUGAGACAGUGAUUUCCAACUGCUCAGGUGGGAAACUGUGCACCAGCUACAACCGAGGGCUCAUCUCGAAGGCAAAAAUCAAGGCCAUCAAGUAUAGCAUCGUCAUCAUUCUUGCCUUCAUCUGCUGCUGGAGUCCGUACUUCCUCUUUGACAUUUUGGACAAUUUCAACCUCCUCCCAGACACCAAGGAGCGUUUCUAUGCCUCUGUGAUCAUUCAGAACCUGCCAGCCUUGAAUAGUGCCAUCAACCCUCUCAUCUACUGUGCCUUCAGCAGCUCCAUCUGCUUCCCCUGGGGGGAGCAAAGAUCACAGGAUUCCAGAGUGACAUUCCGGGAGAGGAUGGAGUGGCAUGAGAUGCAGAUUCUGCCGAAACCAGAGUUCAUCUAG